AUGGGGCCUGUGACGCGCCAGGGCUCGUUGAAACAGCGGCUAGCCAACUCGUCGCUCACAAAUUUGUUCAACCUGAACCGCAAGCGGCGGCAUGGGGAGCUGGAAGACGGGGAGGACGGCGUUGUCGGGGUGCGGCGGUCGCGGCGGGCCAGCGUGCGCAGCUGCAACGGGGAGCUGGCGGAGGGGUCGGAGUCGGACGAGGAGCGCCGGCACAGCCGUAAGCGGCGGCACACAGAGCGAGAGGAGCAGGAGCGGCGGUACGAUGAGGCGAUCCCGGAGGAAUUCCGGAAGUUCCGGCCGCGCGGGUUUCCGUUCAACCUCCCGCCGCAGGACCGCGCGGUGCGGGUGUAUGCAGACGGGGUGUUUGACCUUUUCCACCUCGGGCACAUGAAGCAGUUGGAGCAGUGCAAGAAGUCCUUUGAGAACGUAACGCUCAUCUGCGGCGUGCCCAGCGACCGCAUCACGCACAAGCUCAAGGGCUUGACCGUGCUCACGGACAAGCAGCGCUGCGAGUCCUUGCGCCACUGCCGGUGGGUCGACGAGGUCGUUGAGGACGCCCCGUGGUGUGUGACUCCCGAGUUCCUCGAACUGCACAAAAUCGACUAUGUAGCACACGAUGACAUCCCCUACACGAGCGGCGAUAGCGAUGACAUCUACCGCCCCAUCAAGCAGAUGGGCAAGUUCUUGGCCACCCAGCGCACCAACGGCAUUUCGACGAGCGACAUCAUAACCAAGAUCAUCCGCGACUAUGACAAGUACUUGAUGCGCAACUUCGCGCGCGGUGCGUCGCGCCAGGAGUUAAACGUCUCCUGGCUCAAGAAGAACGAGUUGGAGUUUAAGAAACACAUACAGGAUUUCCGCUCUUACUUCCGCAAAAACCAGGAGAAGCUCAAUGACGCGUCCAAGGACCUUUACUUCGAGGUGCGCGAAAUGCUUUUGAAGAAGACGCUAGGGCGCAACCUGUACUCCAAGCUUGUUGGCCCCGCGGGCCCGCCCGAAAAGCGCGGCAAGCUGCAGGAGGCUUCUCCCGCAACUCAAUUCGCACACAUAUACACGGGCGAGGCCCCUGCGAUUGCCGGCCAGGCGAUGCUACCCUCCAGCGAGAGUGACGAUGAAAAUAUCAACCGCGCGGGCUCGGUGCUGUCCCACCUGAACCGGUGGCUCUCGCAGGAGACACCCCACUAUACGACAGAGGAGAGCGAAUAA